UCAAACCGGAUAACCAAGAUGGCGUCCAAUGCAUAAUAGUUGGUUUAUCGAUGAAAUUGGUUUAUUGAAUUUGCGUUAAAAUCGCAUUGAAAUGUAAAAUUAUUACACGAUUUUCCCUUGACAUUUUGAUUUCUAUCGUGUAAGUAUAUGCACAGCUUGUUUGCAGAAUAGUUGGAGCUUCGUAACUUUUAAUUGCUGAACAGCUUUGUUUUCCGCUUAUAUUUUUUCUUUUUAUUAGAGAGUCAGUCACUGCGGAGUGCAGCAUUCAACUUUCAGGGGCAGAUGUAUGUUAUAUUUGUUACAAAAACAGUACCACCAAAUAAGAUUAGCAGAAACUAUCAAGUUUUUUCAGCGGAUCUGCAUAAUAUCUUCAGGAUUGUAUUUUGUCUCAUUUAAAAAAAUUGUUUUUUUUUUUAUUUUAUUGUUUGCUUUAGAUCUUUUAUUUGAAAUGUUUGUUUUCAGUUAUUAUUAUUUACCCUGCUUGAGUGUAAUAUCGACUUCUGUUUUUAUAUUUCUGUUACUUGAAGAUUCUUAUAUCCUCGAUUUGAUGCAGACUUUAUGGAGGUGACAGGGUACCCAUUCCUCGCCACACUAGGAAUUUAUUUCGGCUAGGCCGCUGCCUGUUGGCAUCUUUUUCUUCUUAAAUCGUCAGCAUUUGCUACUACUAUCCAUGUCAGAUUCAAAUGGACAUGUGUGCAUAUAACAUUACAUGUAUUAACAUAGAAGGUGGAUUGGUGCAUACCUAACAGUGACCUGACACAAUAAAGUUGGAGAACACAGAAGCAGAGACUCAGUUGUCAGCCGACACGAUUGAGUCGUCUGUCGUAGCAGAUACCAACUCUGACAACAGUCAGUCUUCCACGAGUGUCCCACCAGAUAUCACACAAGCCGACACCUACUCAUUAAAUGACCCCUACACCAGUGACCCUCCAGACCUUAACCCAGAGGAGGACACUGACCUUCCCAAUAAGGCCAUCAAGAAAGAAAGUGAAUAUCUGACUCUGACAACGUACGAAGCUGCAGAACUGAGUGACUCCAGUGGCCCACCAGAUAUUACCAGUGCUACUUAUGAGAAAACUGAAGAGGAAGAAGAUAUUGAGAUCAAAGAUUAUUCUUAUGCGGACUCUAACUCCCCAGCUCCCUUACUAACAAGUCUGGAAGAACAGGGAGAGUUCACAGACUUCCCCACAGAGCUUCCCGAGGACCCUCAGAAUAUCUUCCCUGACACUGAUCCUCCCCCAGAUCUGCUUCACCAGGAGGAUUUAACACCUCCAGAAGGCUAUCUGUCGUCCUCUUUUCCCGAGUCCUGUCUCUCCGAGUCCUUGCUGGCUGUUGCCCCUGGUGAUAUUCUACCUGUAGUGUCUCUUCCUCAAGCCAAUCCAAACUUCUUUCAACAAAACAAAAGUCCGACCUUGUCUCUGAACAUAAAACGAGGACCUGGAAGGCCGAGGAAAGAUGGUCAGGAUCCUGCACCGAGGAGGAGGUCAUCAAGCAAGCCAUUAGCCAAAUCAAUUGUUACAAAAGCUCAAAGAAUACUACACAACAGCUCAGGCAUCAACAGGAAGUACAUCCCGUCCUCAGAACAGAUGGAUUCUGGGAGCCAGAGUUCUUUGUCUCAGUCGGAGAUUACGAUGGGUCCCUUUGCCAUGGACACAGGAGAGGAUACCACUCAGUAUGAACUGGAAGAAGAUGUAUCAACAGGGAUAUGUGAGAGCCUGGAUGAGACGAGUUUAGACUCCCAGCUGCCGGUCCGUGUUUGCAGUCUUUGUAACUGUGGCGAGAGAAGUUUGCUGGGUCAGGGAGAUAUAUUUCGAUUUGAACCCACUCAAAGCUUCAACUUUCGAAAGACCCUGGCAAAGAAUGACAAGAAACCUGCGGAUUUUGACGAGAGGUCUUUAGAGAAAGAAGGCACGUCCAAACCUUUGACUUGGAGGAGGAACAGGGGUCCUAUUAAAGGCAUGAGUGAGAGGGAGAGGGAGAAGAGCCACUCCCCCAGAAGAACAGGAAAUGAAGACGACCUAAACCUGCUGUUGGGAGAUGAACUCACAGUGUUGGGAUUCCCAGAGGAAAUAGAGGCCAUGCAUGUCUUUGAAUCAACAGGCCAUGUGUGGGCCCAUCAACGCUGUGCUGCGUGGUCAGAGGGCGUGAGUGCCACUGUAGAUGGAAGUCUGAAGUUCGUUGACAAAGCUGUCUUCAAUGGGCUUUCUCAGAAAUGCAGUUAUUGUCGGCGAUAUGGUGCCACAAUUAAUUGUGUAUACCCACAGUGUACAAAGAAGUAUCAUUACCCGUGUGCUGCUGCUGGCUCGUGUUUCCAGGACAAGAAGAAAUUGGCCAUUCUGUGUCCCGACCACUCUGACCAAGCGGAAGCCAUUGCGGGAGAAGAGGCUUACUGUGUUCUGUGUUGCCAAGCCGACAAGAUCAAUAAACAGCUGUUCUGUACUUCCUGUGGUCAUCACUAUCAUGGCAGCUGUCUACAUCCGUCUGUUGCUCUGUCACCUGAGGUCCGAGCAGGCUGGCAGUGUCCGGACUGCAAGGUGUGCCAGAUGUGUAGACAACCUGGUGAGGACAGUAAGAUGCUAGUGUGUGACACAUGUGACAAGGGAUAUCACACAUUCUGUUUGAAACCAGUGAUGACUGCCAUACCAAAGAAUGGAUGGAAGUGCAAGAACUGUCGGGUGUGUGGUGACUGUGGAUCCAGAACUCCAGGAAGUGGUCCGAGUUCUCGAUGGCACUUGAACUACUCGGUGUGUGACAGCUGUUACCAGCAGAGAAACAAGGGUCUGUCCUGUCCACUCUGUGGUAAAGCCUACAGACAGUUCACUCAGAAGGCCAUGAUACAGUGCAACACCUGUAAAAAGCAUGUGCAUGCGGAGUGUGAUGAUAUCAUAGACAACAUGAUGUUGGAGAGGGUGAAGAACGAGGAGCAUGUGGACUACAUGUGUUCUGUAUGUCGUAACAGGGACCCAGAGAUUGACACAGUUUUUCCUUUCAAUUUUCCUUGCCAUGAGGAACCUAGCAAUGAAAUGUUUGAUAUCAAAGAUUCUGACAUGGAAAAUGCGUCUUCCAUCAUGGAUGAGAGUUCCAGUUCUUUUCUCCUCAAUGAAGACUCUAUUUCCAGCAUGGACAUAGACAUCAAUGCACUGGAAAAGUUCUCAAGCCCUCCCCACAUUCACCCCCAUGUAGAGGGCUGUGGCAUGGGGAGUAAGGGAGGAAAAUUGAAUGCCAUGAGUCGCAAGAAGAUAGGGGUUUCUUCAAGUUCUGGAAGGUCAAGGGGAAGACCAAUGGCUCCUGAAAAGAAGAAGAGACCUUCAGCUUUCUGUGAAAGAAAGAGAGGACCAAAACCGAAAAUGAAAACCCAGCCAGGACUACAAUCACAGAUAUCACCAGCUCUUCCUGGUGAACCACCCAAGAAGUUUCCUACAGAGGAGGAGGAGGAUGGAGAUGAUCACCCACAGACCAUUAUACUGGCCAACGCUCAGGACAGAUAUGUCCUGGAUCAGGAUGUCUGCAAAAGUUGUGGCAGCUUUGGUCAAGGCGAGGAGGGAAAACUGAUUGUCUGCACUCAGUGUGGCCAGUGUUACCAUCCAUACUGUGCCGGAGUCAAGGAGGUAACCAAGGUGAUUCUUCAAAAGGGCUGGCGUUGCCUUGACUGCACUGUGUGUGAGGGCUGUGGGAAGCCCCAUGAUGAGGGGAGACUACUCCUGUGUGAUGAGUGUGACAUUAGCUACCACAUCUACUGUUUGGACCCGCCUCUGGACCAUGUACCAAAAGGGACGUGGAAGUGUAAAUGGUGUGUAAUGUGUGUGAACUGUGGCAGUACUACCCCAGGCUUUGGUUGUAACUGGCAGAACAACUACACUCAGUGUGGGCCAUGCCGCAGUAAAAUCGACUGUCCCGUGUGUCGCCACAAGUACCAUGAGGACGAGAUGAUUAUCCAGUGUCUGCAGUGUAGUCGGUGGCUGCACGCUCAGUGUGAUGGACUCCGGUCAGAGGACGACAUGGAACGGGCGGCUGAGUACGAAUACCAGUGUCUGUUCUGUAGACCGAAAACGGGCAAGGAUGGGCCGUUGCCACCACCUCCUCCACCACCCACACCACCACCUGUGGAAAUAGAGGAGCCACCCACUCCACCGUUCUACAGAGAGCCAGUUGACAGUUUAAGCAGCUACUUCACCAAGUUGCCUCCGGUCUAUUUCCCCAUUGAACCUCUUCCUCAAAAGCGCUAUCUGAUGGAUGGAGUUUAUUUGUCUGAGACUGGAGUGCAACAUAUGCAGGAAAUCACUAUUCAGAUUCCAAAAGUCAAGCGACAGAGACGCACCAACAAACGACCAUCGAUUGACAUGUUACCGGGGCAACGCCUGAUCACUCAGAUGUCUGCAGAAGGAGAUGAGGACAAAGCAGAUGGCCCAGAUGAUGGCAGCGAGUUGUCUACCCCGCUGACAGCUGAACCCAGGGGGGAUGGGGACCCCCUGCUAAGUCCUACCGGCCAAACACUCCCAGGAAUCCCUGUGGAGGGGGAGAAAAAAGAGAGGAAGAGAAGGACUACUAUUGGGCUAGGAGUUGGGGGUUUCAUUGCCAAACCUAGGAAUAGACAGACAAAUGUGAAAAGACAGAUACCAGAAGUCUCUGCAGAAGUAGCAGACGGACAGCCUCGUCCCGAAGGUACAUGGGAAGAUGGAGAUCCUGUUCCGCUGCUAGUGGAAGGUGAAAUGAAAAAACAGAGGAAACGUCAAGCUCGCAAGAAAAGUCAGCUGGAAAAUAGUUUUCCUAACUAUCUGCAGGAAGCAUUUUUUGGGAAAGACAUUCUUGACAAAAGUAAAGCCAAGGUGAAACAAGGUCACAGAGCUGACUCGGACUCGGACCCCGAAUCAAGAGCCUCCACUCCAAAUCUGCCAAAAGACAUCCCCCAACCAUCACUGUUCCCAGAGAUGAGCCAAGGGAAUAGCAAACUUCCUACCACUCUCCCGUCGGUGGGAACCUCACAGUCCGUUCUGUCCUCUGCAGCAUCGAUAGUGUCCAGUUUCUCGGGAGCUAGUGGGGACAUCAACCCUAUAGGGGAUGUCCUGCCAGACCUGGAGGAGCUCCCUCCAGAUGAUCUCCUUAGCAUUUUCAAGGAUGGGGAUCUGCCUAUGACUGAGGAGCAGCCUGCUUCUAGCCAGACCACAGCAGCAGCCAAUAGUGAACUCCCGGACAUUUUGUCUGAUGUGGAGACGACUAUUGACGUGGAUAAAAUGCUACCGGACGAUUUGACACAGAUAGAUGGACAGACAGUGGAUGACAUAUUCAAUGGUGUUCUACAACCAGAAGGAAAUCCCAGUCAAGCAGGUGGUCCCCAGUUCCCUGUGGGUGGUCCCAAUGUCCCACGUCUACCACCCCAUAUGCCACCGCACCCUGGACAGAUGCCACCAGGAAUGACCCAGCUUCCUUAUGGACCAGACUACAGUGGCGUGCGAGGGGAACAGCCUUCCUGGCAGCAGGUGGGCACGGAGGAGGAGGGUGGGGGGACCACAACAAGUCGCCGUAACAUGCUGAAAUGGGAGUGUGACGAAGACCUGGGAGAGCAUGCCACUAUUUCUGCUGUGUUGUACUGUAACCUAAGGCACCCUGAACUUAAACAACAGUACCCAGAUUGGUCUGAGAGAGUGAAGAAAAUUGCCAAAGCAUGGCGAGAGUUGUCAUCUGAUGAAAAGCAACCCUAUUUGAUGCAAGCAAGGAAAAACCGAGCUAGCACUAAGCAGACGCAAGAUGUGAAGAAACAAAAGAACAAGGCCCCGAUAAUGGGCCCUCCCAUGGCUCCAGGGCCCCAGGGACAGAUGCCUCUCCCUCAGAAUUCACCCUACCCCCCUCAAGGUGUUUCUGAUAAUAUGGGAUCUCCAGUUGGUCUGAGUCCCACGAACCGAGUACCAAGUAAUCCCUCAAUAAUGACCACGCCUGAAGGCCAUUCCCCGGGUCAGAUGCCAGGUAGUCUGCCCAAUAGCCCUAUGAGUCACCCAACCACCCCACAGGAUCACAGAAUGAUAGGGCCGCAUGGUGAUCCCUUUAAUCCUGUAAUGGCACCACAUGGAAUUCGUCAUCCCCUAGGUGGGCCACCUAGACUUCCCAUGGUCCGGACUGCAUCAGGAGGAAUGGAUCCCUAUACUCAAGAUCCUUAUGCUAAGCCUCCCUCAACUCCACUGUCAGGACCACAAACCCCUCAGAAGUCCCCUUCAAAACUUCAGUGGCCAGGACAGGCCCAGGAGUCAGAUCCUUACGAAAACCCACCAGCCACUCCAAUGGAGGGAAUAAACCCCAGCCAUGUCCCAGUUCCAGGUCAGCCAUUUGAUCCCUAUGGACCACCACCUCACACCCAAAGGCCAGGAAUGGUUCCCCCACAAGGGGUGCCAAGACCUCCAUUUUCCCGGCAGGCCUCCUUGCCAGCCACCCAGACAACUCACACAGAGGAUCCUUACGCCUUUCCUCCCCACACUCCCGGCCCACGACCCACAGGAGAUGUCCAGGCUCCAGACAUGGGGGGAAGACAGCCUGGGGACAUGUAUUCAGGGAUGGGCGAUCAUCUCCGGCCUCCUUAUCCAUCCAGUUCUGUGCCAGGCUCUAUGGGGCAGCCAUUACAGAGUACAGCACCUGAUAUUUACAGAAUGGCAGGGCAGCCAGGCAUGAGACUUCCAUUUAGACCACCAGGUCCGCCCACUUCACAACCUCUAACGAGACCUGAUGUCUAUGGACAACCCUUACAUCCUGGUAUGGAGCAGCCCAGGGAACAAUCUGCUUUACAGCAGAUGUACGCUGCUGCCAGUAGACGUCAUGCACUUUUCCCUUUCUCUGGAAUGUUUUCCUCUAUUAAACAUCCUUAUUUGGGCUUGCAGGACAAGACUUCUGCAGCAGACACUAGCCAGCAAGUCCGGACUCUCCUCCACAAGCAAGCUGAGUCCAGAAUGAGGCAGGUCAAGGCUGCAGAGCCACCCCAAGCCCCAUGGGAGGGACACCCACCAGCCUAUACUUCUGAGGAGAUGACCCGAUUCCCUGUGUCCAGAGGGACAUGGCCGGCCCCACCCCGAAUGCCAGGGCCAAGACAAAUCCCCCACCCCACCGAUAUGGAAAGCUAUGGCAUGCGACCACCAUUUGGUGAAGGGGUACACCCAGGGCAGAUGAGACAGCCCCGCCCCCAUGGCCCCAUGAUGCCAGAGAUGUACUCACCCAAACAUUCCCCUCAGAUGUCUCCAGGACAGCUACCCAGUCUGAGGCCAGGACAGAAUCCAUUAGCUGGUAAUGAUCAGAGGUCCCAGUUCCCUAACUUAAUGGAGCACAGAUUCCCUGUCCCAGGUCAGCAAGUCCCACCUGCUCAGCAGGGGGUGCCCAGUAUUCAAGGUCAGUCCCAAACCUACAGAACAGAACAGAGCAGAAUACCCCCAGGAAAUAUGGGAGAACAGAGAAAGCUGAUCGAGCAAGAUCAGAGAGAGGAUGGAAAAUCUGCAGAGACAAAGGAGGAGAAGAAAGAAUCGGAGGAAGACAAACAUCUGAAUGAACCAGACAUUGAUGAUCUCUUGGGUUCUGAUGGAACAUUUGACAUUAUCAAGUUUGUGGAUACAGACACAGAAUUGAAUUUGGAUGAGAACAAGAGCAUUUUUGAUGAUCUGGAUGAGGUUGAAAACGGGUCAAUGGAGAAAGCAGACAACAAAGAAGACAUGAAAAUGCAUGUAGCAAAGGAAAAAAUGGACUCGGACAUGGAAUCAUCAAAAUCAGGAGGAGGAAUCCCUGAUUUCCAGUCCAAGUUUCUGGAGUUCAGUCAGAAGAAAAAUGAGGAAAGAAAGAUUGGAACAGAGGGUGGUGGACAAAUGAGUGAGAUGGAUAAAAAGGACCAGCAGAACAUAAGCCAGAUUGCUGCCCUUCUGCAGAGCUCAGAACACAUGUCACCAGCCCUGGAGCGCAGAGAUUCUGUAAAGUCAGACUCUUCCGUAUCUGGAAAAGACCAGCUACCCAGAACACCUGGAUCUGGGCCUUUAACACCAUCUGGAAUGCAGCAAGGAGUGGAUCAGGCUGGUUCAUAUCCAGGAAUGGGAUCCAGAGGGCCAUAUGCAGGAGGAAUGCCUUCUCCUCUACACCAAAUGCAAAAUAACCCCACUCAAGCCUCACCCGGCUCUACUUAUCCCCCAGGGCAAGGACCAUCGACUCCUGGGUUACCUUCCCCUCAAAUCAUGCCAUCACCAAGAAGUAACAUACCAUCCCCUAGGACACCAAGUGUUCAGUCCCCAUUUAAUCCCAUGAACAACCAGCAGUCUCCAUUUCCACAGACUCAGUCUCCAUUCUCUCCAACAGUGUCUUCUGCUCCACAAUCUCCUUAUGCAGGCUCCAAACCUCAGCCACCCUUUUCUCUUCCUGUUGGAAGUACCAGUCAGACAGGUUAUUCCUCAGUUGAAAGUGGAGCUCCUGCACAAAGUCCAGGUCAAAGGUCACCUCGGGGAACCAUUACACCAACAAAUCAAUAUAUGCAAGGAACUUACGGUCAGCCCAUGAUGCAAGGACCACCUAGGGGAACAACUCUGACCCCAACGCCAAGCAGCAUUUUGUAUGGAGGGCAGUCGGGUGUCACUCAACAUGGAAUUAGAAAUCCAGUACCUGUGUCUGUAAAUGGAAGUCGACCACCUUUCUCGGGAGCAUCUGGUCAUCCUAUGGGUCAUGGAAUAGAGACAGUGACCUCACAGGUGCACCCCAUGGAUCCAUCUGCUGUACCACACAUGGCUUCCUCCCAGGCACCUCAUGGAUCAGGAGACAUGCAAGGUCAUCCACCAUCAACUCAGAGCCCAGCAGCUAUGUCACCAUAUGGCCUGCCUGGCCAGAGAAUGCCAGGAAUUAGGCCACAGAUGGGGGGACUGACAUCACCUGUGACAACAUCUGCCCCAGGAGGUCAGGGAGUAGGGCGACCUCAGCUUUUGCAGGAACAACCACUGUUGAUACAGGAUCUCCUGGAGCAGUAUGAAGAGGGUAGCACGAAGAUUAAGCUGAAACAAGAGAAACAGGAACAACAACGGCAAGCUCAGCAACAAGCAAUGGGAAUGAUGCAACGCCAACCCCCCGAGGGAAUGAUGGCUCAACCUCCCAGACCAGGACUGCCCAUGGGCCAGUAUAGACCCCGUAUGGAGGGGAUGAGGCACCCUGUGGAUCCAAACUGGAAUGUUCAGAGACCUUAUGGACAGCCAGAGAUCCCCCCUGGUCAGCCUCCAUUUGUCCGUAUGCCUGGACAACAAAUGCCCCCGAGGAUGCCAGGACCAUAUGGGGCACAGCCACCUGGUAUAGGCCCCAUGGGAAUUCCCCAACCCCCACCACCACCUCCUCCACCCCCUAUGACAGGGGAGUUAACUCCGGAACUAGAACGACAGCAACAACAAUAUGAGGACUGGCUUUUGAAACAUGGAAAUUAUUUGGAAAUGCAGGUCAAAGCAUUGGAGCAGCAAAUUGGCAAAUGCAAGCGUACCAAAAAGGCUAUUAAUGCCAGAAAUCGACAGGCAAAGAAGACGGGAAGGGAACCGUCACCCAAUGAUGCCACGGAGUUGGAGAGAGUGACACAGGAACAAGCCGGCCUUCAGAAACAGCUGGAGGGACUGCGUAAACAAGUCAAACAACAUCAGAUGCAGACUCAAGAUUACCGAACAAAGAAAAGGGAGCGGUAUGGCCAGGAUUGGGCCUUCAGUCAAAUCCCUCCAGCUUCAGGCCCGGCUAUAAUGAGUAUUCCUCCAGGGGGUUUACAGCCUCGAAUUCCUGGACAGCAGGGCUCUGCCCGCCUAACAGCGUCUGCCCGACAGGCCUAUGACGAAUAUAUGCAGGACCGACUGAGACAGACCCAGCAAAUUCAGGCCCCGCCAGUGGGUGCUCCCCGCCCAAAGCACACAGUGGUGGAAGAUAACAAGACUAAAGUGGCAGGGCCCAAAGCAAUUCUACAGGACAACAAUCCUUUCAGUGAGGAAUACCAAGAAAGAGAACAAAGAGAACGAGUCUACAGUUUGCCCAAGUCACAACCUGAAACAGAUAAACCUGAAAUAAUGAGACAGAUGCCACAGUACUUUGACCCUAGAACUAUGCCAUAUGAUCAAAGUGGAAGAUUUCCGGCCCCUAGAAUACCGGGAGACUCCAUUCAACGUUUUCCAGGUCCUGGACAGCGUAUGCCAUUUGAAACAAGCGGUCGAAUGCCUGGUCCACCAGAUUCUGCUGUCAGACAUGCUUUUCCUCAGCGUAUGUAUACACCCAUGAAUCAAGGCCAGGUGGAAGGAACCCAGGGAGGUCCACAUCCAGCAAUGCCAUAUCAACCAGGUUUUUCUACACCUACCUCUGAAAUGGUAACCAACAUGGAAUCAAGCGAGAAAAAAUCAAAGAAACGUAAAAAGAAGAAGAAAGCUGCAGAAAGUACAACAACAGCCCCCGUAGGAGCCUCGGAACCAAGACCCCCUGUCCAGUUCACACCACAGUCUGAGACUGAGAAACGCAUCAUGGAAAUUCUUAACAACACAGCAGGAUUGACAGCUAGAGGUCCGCAAGAGACCAUGGAGAAAUCGCCCGGGAAAGCAAAAGCAGGCGAUGCACUGGUGUCCAACAGCGACCAGAAAUCUGGGAUGAAAAAACCGGACCCAGGAGAUGGUUCUCAGGUGAUUUUUUCAACUGGUGCAUCUUCUUCCAGCAGUCAGCCUAUCUACUCAAACGUUAUUGCUCAAUCAUCUUACCAAAGUGAAAACACGGAUACCGAGGACCAACAGGAGGAGCCUAUUCUACCAAUGAAUGUGAUGAUUCAUCAGAGCAUUCCUCAGAGUGCAGCAAUCGCAUGUUCUGUGCAGCAGAUGCAGAGUUCUGUGUCACAAGGCCAGCAAUCGGACACUGCAGCUCAAAUGCAGGAACCUGACUCAAAUUCCCAGGCAUCAGAGAAUUCGUCUAAAACAGUUAUGAGAAAUGUACCGGCAGAUCAAGUGAAUUUUCAUGAUAGUCCUAGAAUCGGUGGUUCAGAAGUGGAAGUUGCUCCCCCUUCUAAUGACAAUGCUAAUAUUGUUAAAGAACCAGAAAAUAUCUGUACAAGUGUUCAACACAUGCCACCACAAAUGAGUCCUCUAUCAACAAUGCCGGGGCAUGUACUACCUCCUCCAAACUCGCAGGAAAGAAUGUCUCCAAGGGGAAUGAUUCCUCCGUCAUACGUUGGUGCAUAUGCCCAGUUUCAUGGCAGGAUGUCGCCAAGACAAGCGUUCUUUGGUAGUACGCCUUCAGGAACGUUAAUGCCUUUAUCUCAAAACCAAACGACCUCACGGCAGUCUUCAACACCAUCUCCAGGGCGAUACUCCCCAAGACAGUCUAGUCCUUCACAACCAGGCGGACCUUCAGCUGGGCGUUACUCACCACGGCAAGGUUCACCAGGGGUAUCCAGACCUCCAUCUAGACCGUCUUCUCAACCUGGUCCAGGAUAUGUCCCCUCCCGGCAAGGGCCUACACCACCGAUUCCAUCCGGGUAUCCCAACUGCACACCUCCAGCUUCUCCAAGAUACGUAAAUUCUCCAGUGGCUAUUGCAUCGGGAGAAAUAUCUUCCAGAGCAGAGACUUCGGUUGCACAGGUUGCAGCUAACUUGGUUUCAAGUGUUCCUACAUGUUAUGUGCUGUCUGCCUCUCAAACUCCACCAGCUGACUCUGUGGCAGUCACACCAGCAACUGAUUUAAGUGCAUCAACAGCUAAACAUGUAAAUGUGCAAGACAGGAACAGUGUUGUUAAUGUUAGUCAACAUGAGAAUAGUGCUUCAUCAGAAAUGUCACAGGCGACUGUAACAGAGCCCAGAGCAGAAACGAACACUCUACCCGAUAUACACAGCAACAGAGACGCCGAGCGUUGAAUUCGCAAUUAAUGAUGUGUGUUUGUGUGUGAUUUACAUGGUAUAUGUAUAGAACAUUUGACUUCUUUUUUUUAUCAGAUUUGCAAGUAAAUAGAUACAUGUUUAUGAUUUGUGCAUUACUAGUGCCAAUGAAAUUAGGAAAUGAAGAUAUGAAUGAUC